AAGUCUUUUCUUUUUAUUAUUUGGGAACAAGUUAUGUUGCAAAUUAGUGGUUGCACAUUCCUGUGGCCAUACAAACUCCAAGACACUCAACGUCUUUGGGGAACGGCCUCCUUUAUUGCAGUGAAUUUAUUUUUUUCCCCCAUCUCUCUGCCAGUUCAUUCUAAACCACAAGGAAUAAACUACCGCCUACUCCAAGGCCACCACCAUGGAUUCCAGCAAUCCCUUUGAACAGUUUGCAACAACAUUCUCCAAUGGCUUUUUCCGUGACCCCAGCACCAGCAGGCGCUUCACUCCUCCUUCCACCUCCUUCCCCUGCGGAAAGAUGGGAGAGAACAACGGGACAAUCAGCUCUUCUGGACCGACCAGGACCCGCUCAGAGAUCCGGACUGUGGUGGAUGUUUUGUCGGAUCACGCGGGGGAGCUGGUCAGGACUGACAGUCCCAACUUCUUGUGCUCAGUUCUGCCGUCCCACUGGCGCUGCAACAAGACUCUGCCCGUCGCAUUCAAGGUUGUUGCUUUGGGAGAUGUUCCUGAUGGCACUGUAGUUACAGUCAUGGCUGGAAACGAUGAGAAUUAUUCGGCAGAGCUGAGGAAUGCCUCCGCUGUCAUGAAGAACCAAGUAGCCAGAUUUAAUGAUCUUAGAUUUGUUGGCAGAAGUGGAAGAGGGAAAAGUUUCACUUUGACAAUCACGAUUUUCACAAGUCCCACACAAGUUGCUACAUACCACAGAGCCAUAAAGGUGACUGUCGAUGGACCACGUGAACCAAGAAAAACACACUCUCCGCUUCUUCAGCUGCCCCCUAGAUGUGCAAACAAGCAGAAGUCAAUGAUGCAAAACGAGACAAGCAUGUCACAGAGAAGGAAAACUGAUAUGUUGAACUUGAAGGGGCACAGACAGAAACUUGAAGAACAAUCGAAGCCCUUUUCCGACCGAUUUAGUGACCGACAAACAUUCAGGGUCCAAUCGAAUUUAAAUCCAAGGGCCACACUGGCCAACACAAAUCACUUCAGCACUCAGACGCAAAUACAAGUGACACCAGAAUUAAAUUCUUUCACCGAUCCCCGUCAGUUUGACCGUUCGUUCUCAGCUCUUCCUUCUCUCACAGAGUCCAGGUUUACCGACCCUCGUAUGCAUUAUCCAAGUGCCAUGUCAUCUGCAUUCUCCUACACUGCUUCCCCAUCAACAACUGGAAUUGGUGGCAUAAGCAUGACUGGAAUGCCAACUACCACUCGUUUCCAUCACACUUAUCUACCCCCUCCCUACCCUGGUUCAUCUCAAAACCAAAGCGGACCAUUCCAGACUAAUGCAUCCCCCUACCAUCUCUACUAUGGUACAUCAUCUGGCUCAUAUCAAUUUUCCAUGGUUGCGGGGGAGCGUUCUCCAUCCAGAAUGCUCUCCUCUUGCACUAGUGUGGCAGGGAAUAACCUAAUCAACCCCAACUUGGCGAAUCAAAGUGAUGGAGUAGAUGCAGAUGGCAGCCAUAGCAAUUCUCCUACAGCCAUGACCACCAGUGGAAGAAUGGAUGAGUCAGUUUGGAGACCCUAUUGAGUGACUUUGUGAAUACAACCACGUAAUUAUGCCCCAGUAGAAGGUCUUCCAGCAACAUAUGUGGUCAGGGAUGGAACUAUGCAUAUUUUUAUCAUACAUGCAAUGGGCAAACCAAAUAAUUAUGAACUAACAAGGACAUCUGAAGAACAAUAACCUCUUUAGAUUAUUACCUAGGAGGAUCUCCAUUUACCAUAAGCAUUAUCAUCUCAUCAUGUAACGCCUACUUUCUGCAACAAGAAUUUUAUGUUUUGAAACAUAUGACCACAUGCAAAUGAACUGAAGUUCAUGUAGUCUUUUGUUUACAGCUAAAUUAUAUGCAUUGCUUCUAUUAUUAUAUUCACAGUAGUUUUUAAUACAACAUCUCACAAGCCAGAGUGAGAACUUGCUGUUUUGGUUUUUUCUAUUGAUAGUUAAUGGUACAAUAUUUGCCAGUUAAGUGCAUUCAUUAUUUUAAGGCCAUUAUUCUUGAAUGAUCUGAUUUCAGUGGAACUCCCUGUGACGUAUCUGUUUUAACUUAUAGUUUCCAAUUUUAAUGAACUGAAUAUUUUGUGUGCCUGCUUCUUGACAUAUAAUGCACAGAAUCUCAAUGGUGAGCCAUGUUUUGAAAACAAUAGCUGUUGCCCCCACAUCAGUGAAUAUCAUAAGCUUGCUCACUUUGCUCACAAUGGCUAGCAAGGGAUGGGGUUUGUUAAGAGAAUUCCAAGCUUGCUCAUAGCAUGUGCUCUUCCCAAAUAAUUAUCAGCAGGAUUUUGAUAUUCUUAUUAUGUAAAUGUUAUAUCAAUGUACCUUGUAUGCUUUUAAUGGUUUACAACAGAUUUCAGUUCUAUUUAUGUCAUUAUGCUGACAGUAGAAAUACUUCUAUGCAUUACAGCCCUGGAAUCCAUUUAAAAUCUGCUUUAAUGGGCAAUCUACCAUUCUUUUUCUAAGUAACACAGGAUCUGCUAUGUCUUAAAGUGGUUGACAACCUAGAUAUGUGAUGUACAGCGUAAUAACAUGAACAAAGGUUACCUGAGGUCUAGGAACCCAUAGCAACCAAUCAGAUAUGCUAUCAAAACAGGUGACCUGUAUAUGAAGUUGCUGUUGGUUAAUAGAGCAGAUGAAAAUGUUGCUCUUUCUCUUACUUUACCACUAUUUAUUUUUUUGUUGUUUUUACAAGUAGUGGGUGAUACCUGCAACGCAGAGAUGCCUUAAAUUAUCAGCAUCCCCAAACAGCCAACUUGGAGAUUAUAUUUACCAACAGCUAGUACACUGCAGGUUUGCAUUACUUUACUGGUAUCUAAUAAAUGUGAUAGAGAAAGAUGAUACAAUUUAGGCAUGCCUGUGCUAUCUCAGGUCAGCUUCUUUAUAUUAGUACCAAAUCAUUUCUGUUAGUAUCAGGCAUUUUUAUUGUAAGUGGAGUCUGUUCCACAAUGAGCUAGAAUGUUCUUAUCAAUCUCAUGUCUGGUUACUCCUAUUUAUCUUAAAAUGUUCUCUACUUAGUGUUCCAUCUCUGUCUGUCUGUAUUCACUAUCAUCUAUCUAUAUUACUGUUACCUACCUGUUGUCUGUUACGUAUCAUGCAUUCUUUCAUUUGUCUAUACUUUUUGUCACUGUAAAUUUAUUGUACCAGCAACCUAAACAUAAUAAUAUGAAAAUUAAUAUAUUGCUUUGAUAGAGUUUAUGGCUGAUUGAUUCUGUUUGUAAAAAAAAAAGGUAUUUGCUUUGCACUAACUGUGCUUGUUCUCAGCAAUAUUAUAUUUCUGGAAAUAAUUUGCAGGCUGACACAUUCAAAGAAUUGCACUCGUAUGUUUGGAUGCAUUUGCUCUUGGUACAGAAACAAAUGUAUUAAAUGCAGGGACAAUCAUGUAACUUAUUAAAGAAUCGCUGCUUUAUUAAA